UUUCCUCUGUCUCUCUCUUCAUCAAUAUACUGAGAUCUCUACAAAAUUUCACCAAAGCAACCUCGGAGACUCCGUCAUUCGAUUCCCUUAUAAAGACCAUUCCUAGCCAUCGCACGUCCACCAUGCCCGUCUCCAUCUCCGCCCAAAAUGAACGGAGGCUCUCCCCAUUUCCGUUCAUCUUCUCCGUCCAGUACCCUCGCUAAUCGACAACCCAUCACUUCCAGCGACAACCAAAACCCAGUUAACGGCGUCAAAUCCAAACACAAGAACACCACCAACGGCACCGUUUCGAAUAUGAAGAAGAGAUCCUCGCCGGUAGCCGCGAUGGACGGUGGGUGGUUGGGAAACGCUCAUUUCAUGACGUGGAAAGCGGGGGACUUAUUGGGUGUGGUGAGGCACCACCCUUUACCGUGCGUCUUCUUCGCCUCCCUCUUGUUCUUCAUGGGCGUUGAAUACACCCUCCGUAUGAUCCCCUCCACUUCCCCGCCGUUCGAUCUGGGCUUCAUCGCCACCGUUCCUCUGAAUCGCAUUCUCGCUUCCAGUCCCGCCCUUAAUACUCUCCUCGCCGGCCUCAAUACGGUGUUUGUGGCGAUGCAAUCAGCGUACAUAGUAUGGGCGUUUCUGAUUGAAGGCCGUCCAAGAGCAACCAUUUCAGCACUGUUCAUGUUCACAUGCAGAGGAAUUCUUGGAUAUGUUACACAGCUGCCAUUGCCUGAGGAUUUUUUGGGUUCGGGAGCUGAUUUUCCGGUAGGGAAUGUGUCGUUUUUCUUGUUUUACUCGGGGCAUGUAGCGGCAGCAGUGAUCGCGUCGCUUGACAUGAGACGAAUGCAGAGGCGCGGGAUGGCAUUCGCGUUCGACUUGCUCAAUGUGUUGCAGGUGGUGAGGUUGCUGAGCACAAGGGGUCACUACACAAUCGACUUGGGCGUCGGCGUUGGUGCCGGAAUGCUGUUUGAUUCUCUGGCCGGAAAGUAUCUAGAAUGUAAAAAGUUGAACUAAUGGCAGCCACUCCAAAUAGUGAAAAAGCUAUUUCUCAAAGCAGGACUCAAGUUGUUUACAUAUGUACAGAGAAUUGUUUGUCGUUGAUUUCUUGGCCACCCUUUAUGUCAUUUACCGACCAUGUGGUCCAUGUGACCGUGUCCAAGAAACUUGUACUUCUAAUUGGAUUUGAUUUCUUGAUAAAUGAAAAUUCUAUGUUCUUGUUUA